CUGUUGUACACGUAUGGGAUAGUAGGAACAAAUUGAAGAAGUCUUCCUAUUUGGCCUGCCUGGAUGAGGAACUUAUAGUUGGUGCAGGCAGUUCAUUUUGAAAAAUGUAUUUUAUUCUCAAUUCAAUAUUAGUGUCAAUAGUCUUGGUGAAAUGUAAUGGAGAAGUGUCGUUGUCUGACGACCCAUCGCUCUAUCCUGGUCAUUUGGAACCCUUGGGUUCAAAGCGGCCUCAAGGAAAAGUCACAAUGCUUGAAGAAUUUCCUGAUCCCCAAGAUUUCUUUACAAAUUAUGUGGACAAGUCUGUACCGUUGUUGAUCAGGGGCGGCGCUAUAAGUUCUCCUGCGUUUAAGCUAUGGGAAGAUGAUUAUUUGAAGUCCCACAAGGAAUCUGAGACAACCCAGGUUUUUGUCGAGAACAGAAAGAAAGAGAAUAGAACGAAAGGAGGGUAUAACAUUCCCUUGAAGAAGUUCAUUGAGAGGUACAAAAAGGAUGAUAUUUACAUGGUCAACGGAGUGCCUGAACAUUUACAAAAGGACCUUCGACUGCCCGCUCCCCUUAGAUGCGAGAGUACAAGAAAAAUGCUUGUCGAUACGGUGACUUGGUUCAGUUCUGGUGGGACAAAAUCAGUUCUACAUAACGACGAUGUUGAUAAUAUAAACUGCCUGUUGCGUGGCAAAAAGCAGUUGCUAUUCAUUGACUACAAUAAAUACAAAUCCAAGGUUAAUAUCGACAAACCAGAGGGAGGCUAUUCAGACAUGGACGUCGAUAAAUUAGACUUUGUAAAAUAUCCUGGCAUGAGAGAAGUCGAAUACAUUAAUGCAACAAUGGAAGAAGGAGAUUGCUUGUUUAUCCCAUACAAGUGGUUUCACCAGGUGAAUUCGUGGAGCAAUGACAAUGGAAUGAACGUUGCUGUAAAUGUUUGGUUUCAGCACAAGUUGAAUCACCAACCCAAGGACUGUAGAUUGUCACCAGAAGAAGCUACACUUGAUAAAUACAAGUUCUCUGAUCUUGAGCGCCAAAAGAAGGAGUCUUCAGAGGGGCCAGUGGAGGAGGAAAACCAAAUCGCAAAUUUUGAAGCCUAUCUUGAUGAUACUAAAGACAAGUCGCUUACUUUUGAAGAUUUUGUCGAGAAAAUCAAAAGGGACGGAGCUCUGACAAAAGCUGAUAUCUCAUCACAGCCUACUUUGGAAACAUUCUCUGAAGUAGUGAGACCUCUUUUUGACAUUCUUGAUGCAGACAAGAAUUCAAAGCUCGAAACCGCUGAUUUCGAUGAGAUGGAGAAGUCUGGUAACGAGGAAUUAGAUACUGAAAUCAGCCGCUUAACUGCGUCAGUUGAAGACUAUUGCGAAGAUUUGAUAGAGGCUAUAAACAAAGGAUUAUCAACAGAUGACUUUGAGGCCUCUUUAAAGGAGCCAAAAUUAGGGGGUGACAAAUCUGCUGAAAAUGAUGAGGAAGAAAACGCUGCCACUAAAGAUGAAUUGUGAAGGUAUGGUCAUCAGACUUUGUUAGAAGCAAAAUCAAUGUGGUAUUUUCAAUGCUUAUAUUAGUUUUGGCUGUUGCGAAAUUCGUAUUUUUUAAAUAUAUUUAAUGUUUUCUAACGUCCACAUGUUGUAGUUAUUUCUAAGAGCAAUCACUAAAGCAUAUCUUCAUUGAUAAAUAGCAUAGAAA